AUCCAAUCACUCCAGAUGUCUAAUGCUUACCGAGUGCGUGAGAGACUUUCGAUCUAAAUUCUAAUACGAAAUUCUCCGCCGCCGUUUCCGUCUCCGGUGGACUAUCAUCGCCACUCUGUAAGAAGAGAAAUAGAAACAAAGAUGCUUGAAAACCCUUCACAAGCUGCAACUGCACCAGCCGACUCCGCUCCAGUUAUUAAACGCUACGCUCCUCCCAAUCAAAGCAGGAGCCGUCCUCUGAAUCGGCGAAAAUCUGGAGGGUUUUAUGGUAACGACGGAGAGAAAAAUCAACUUGCCACUUCCAGAAACAAUCCUGUCAUUGAUCAUGGGGAUGCAGGAAGUAGUGCUCUUCUGAAUGAUUACUCCCGGCCAAAAUUAAUUCCUCUAGAAGGGUUUUGUAGAAGUGAAGCUGCUCAGCUUUUAAGAGAUCGUGGAAGGGCUGUAAUGAAUCGCUACCAUGACACAUCAAUAGAUUUAUCUGAAAGACCAGUUCUGUACUCAAGUGGCCCAUCAGCAUGGGGACAAUUUAGACUUCCCCAUCAGAUGAUGUCUGCAGCAAACAGUAUAGGAACUUCUGGCACACAUAUGGACUUCUUGGCUGAACUUCGCCGUAAAAUGCAGUCUCCAAGUGCAAGUUUUGACAACUAACAAUGACAGGGAUGAAAUUUAUGUUUGGAUUUGGAAUUUAAAAAAAAAAAAAAAAAAAAAAAA